UUUGUACAGACUUUGAAACUGAUGGGUAGGCGAAGAACUAACUUUUUUCUAACCGUGUUUUUCCCUCUGAUUCAUGCUGGUAGGAGCGGCCGAAGUAUAGGCAGCUUAGAUGGAAGGGGCUUCACCCAAGACGUGAAGUGUAGAGGGUUUGGAGCGGUCGAGUGUAGGCUGAACAAGCACCAAUGCGCCUUCUCUGUGUACAUUUCAGCUCUUGAAAUGAUGAUUGGUGCGUAUCCAAUGCUCUCUGUUUCACACAAUAAACACUUUUGCUGUUCUCUCACACACACACACACAUUCACACACUCUCACUCUUAUCUAUCUAUCUCUCGCUCUCUCGCAUACACACACACACACACACACACAAAAGAAAAUGUGUUGACAUGCUAUCGUGGAGACCCACAGUGUAUUUCAGGAAUAAGAUGGACUGCUAAUAUAAAUAGAAUCGAGAAUUGGUCGAUUUAGUAUUUUUCUCUAAGGGUUGGUGUAGGGUCGGGAAGUAACCACAGCAGAAUCCGUGGCAAUAUGCCUUGAGACUUAUUUUAUAAGAACAUGGAGAAAUAACUCUUGUCUUUUAUAUAUAGAUAUAUUAUUUAAUUUUAUUUUUUUGAAAGUUAAAAAAAAAAACUUGAAGCUACGUAAAUUGAUAAAUUAAAUGAUUUUUCUCUUUUUUUUUCUUCAAUGAUCUAUUGGGGAUGCAAGAUGGCACUGCGGUCAUACAGUAUACCACCCAUUUGGGGAUUGCUGAGUAAAUAUCAUGCCAUUUGAAGAAAUGUCUUAUACUUACAUAUAUAAAAACAUAUAGAUACUGAAUCACUGUACAAACCAUGGCAACUGAACCGUUUAUUUUUGGUUUGUUAUUUUACUUUUUUUGUUCUGUUUUUCAAAGGAGAGACUGGAAAAGACCAUGUGCUAUUUGUUUAGUGUUCAAACAUUUUUUUUACCACUUUUUUCCCCUUGUUGACACAUUAUGGUGCUUGCUGAGCAGAAGCAAAAAAGAACUAAUUAACUGUUGCUCCAGUGUCAGUAGUUAUCCUUUUUUUUUAAGUUAUUUUGGUGGUCAGAUUUCUUUGCCAAUUAUUUAAUUGUACAUUAAAGUAUGUUUGUACCAUUGGAAAAUA